AGACAGACGCCGCCACCACUGCAUUGCAUCUGCGGGCGCAUAAAGUUCGCGGCCUUAGUCGUAUGACUAUUUUUCCCUCAUUUACGAUCACGUCUAAUGGCUGAUUCUCGAGUGUCGAUUAAUGCGCGCGCCAUCGCAUGAAUCGCAGGUGAAUCAGUCUUGUUCCAGCGGGCAUUUCGAUCGGCAACGGUUUGCCUUUUUUCUGAUUCGUGCGGUUAUGUGUGGUACGGUUUCAGUGAAAACGGAAAAAAGGCUUUCCAGCACGUGCGAUCGCGAUUCCUAAGCGGUGAGGUGCGGUAUCUGGCCGUUGUUAGUGUGAUUACCUUUCAGAAGAAAUUUCAAGAUCUUGUGCCAUAGUAUUAACGUCUCUGAUAGUUGUCAAACCCAAAUGGAUAAUAAAGCUUAUACGGCGGAUAACGUCGAUCGAUGUACAGUCGAGGGAGUCACUGUGGUUUGCAAUGGCUCUAACCAAGAGAAUGGCAUAAUCUCCAACGGAUUGACUAACCAAUUCAGCAUCACUAGCAGUCAACAGCCACCGAGUACGACAAGAGAAAAAUGGGGUAAAAACAUCGAAUUUUUGCUGUCCUGCGUAGCGUUAUCAGUUGGGUUCGGCAAUGUGUGGCGCUUCCCAUACACAGCCUUUAACAAUGGAGGAGGAGCGUUCGUGAUACCGUAUUUAAUCGUUCUACUGAUCAUCGGUCGUCCCGUCUACUAUCUGGAAAUGGUGAUAGGACAAUUCUCGAACCGAGGUUGUGUCAAAGUGUAUGACCUGGCGCCGGCCAUGCGAGGUAUUGGCGUCGGUCAGACGAUGGCAAUUUUCACGGUGACUACCUACUACGCGGCAAUCCUGGCGAUAACCUUUCGAUAUCUGGUGAUGUCGUUCAGUGCCGAGCUGCCGUGGAGUCAAUGCCAACCGGAAUGGGUGGAUUGUGUGGAUUCGAGUCACAUUGGGGUGGUUUCGAUGGGAAACAGAACUGCUGUGCAGUCUUCAGCGGAACUAUAUUUUAGGAAUACUGUAUUACAUAAAGCCGCUUCGUUGGAUAACGGAAUUGGAGUACCAGACUGGAAGCUGGUAAUUUGUCUCGUUGUCGCGUGGGUGUGCAUAACCGCAAUCUUGAUUCGAGGCAUCAAAAGUUCAGGAAAGUUCUCCUACUUUCUGGCCAUUUUUCCCUAUGUCAUCAUCCUCAUUCUAUUGAUCCGAGCGGUCACUCUGCCGGGAGCCUGGAAUGGGAUCAAGUACUUCUUCACUCCCGAGUGGUCCAAACUGUUGACCAUCGAAGUUUGGUACGAAGCAGUCACGCAAUGUUUCUUCUCACUGACAAUCUGUUUCGGUGGAUUGAUUGUGUAUUCGUCCUUCAACAACUUCCACAACGACAUUUAUCGACACGCCGUCAUCAUCACCUGGUUGGACACCUUCACGUCUAUGAUUGCCGGUUGCAUCGUUUUCGCCGUAAUCGGGCACCUGGCUCAUGUCACCGAACAGCCCGAUAUUCGAAAAGUAGUCAAAAGCGGCCCGGGACUAACAUUCGAAACCUACCCGGAUGCCAUAGCCAAGUUCGAUUUCCUGCCGCAGCUUUUUUCGGUUCUGUUUUUCUUCAUGCUAUUUCUGUUGGGAAUCGGUACUCUGAUCGGAAUUGUAACAUCGGUGAUAACCGCCAUUCACGAUCAAAACCCGCACUGGAAACGCUGGAAGGUUGUUUUGGUGGUGGCGUUUGUGGGAUUCUGUUUCGGGUUGGUUUACCUCACACCGGGGGGUCUAUUUUUGCUGGAUGUGAUGGACUACUACGGGGCAACGUUCGUUACGUUAACUUUGGCAGUUUUCGAGCUGUUGACAUUUGCCUGGAUCUACGGUGUCGAUAGGGUGUGCAAGGACAUUGAGUUUAUGCUGGAGAAGAAGACCGGCAUGUUUUGGCGUAUUUGCUGGGGUGUUGUUACACCUUUAGUUGUGUUGAUCAUUCUACUGUUCAGUAUUGCAAAUUACGUUCCCAAGGAAAUUCCUUGGGGUUACAAUGCUCUCGGCUGGUGUUUGUAUACCGUUGCCGUACUACAACUUCCCACCUGGGCUAUUUAUGCCUGGCGCAAGGAAAGCUCGACCGAAAACCGUAACCAAAGAUUAAUGACAAUCUUGAGUCCGCUACCGGAUUGGGGUCCAGAAGAUGCUAAUGUUCGAUCGAAAUAUAACGCUUUCAUGUCCGAGCACGAGCCCGCCGCUUCGAUGGCGGAUUUAAACAUACUUAAGUACAUUCGUAAAAAACUGCUAGAGUAGUAGAACACGACGAGAAAGCUGCUGUUUGAUUGUGAUAUAAAUAAUUCGUUAUGAAGAAACCGACGAAAAGAGUCGUAAUAAAUGCUAAAACAGUAACAAACAUUACAUCAA